GGUUGGCCUCAGAACCAUGCCUCACUUCUCUUUCUCAAAGGAAAAGACCAGUGACUUCUCUUCUCUUGUCUUCCAUUUCUGCUUCUCCAUCUUCUCUCACCCUCUCUACUUCUCUUACUUCGUCUUCUUCUCUCCUUACAUUCUCAAGCUCAUCUCUUUCCUUUCUCCUCUUUUCAUCACCACCACCCUCCUCCUCCUUGCCCUCUUCACUGUUUCUCCUAAUUACUUCGUCUUGGACGCUAAUGACGACUCUGACUCCAAAUUGGGUUUUCUUCUUUCUAAUUUUCAGAAUCUUGUUCUGUGGCUUCAGUCAAAAAGUAACCAGAAAGAUGAGGAAGUUGGGUAUCUUGAGGAGUUUGAAGCUUACUUGGUGAUGUUUCAGGCCUCCAUCUUUCAAGCUCUGGAGGCAAAACCAGAGGAAAAUAGUCCACAAUGCCUUGACGCUGAUCUAGUUGACAAUAAUGUGUCAGUUGCAGAAGUAAAAAGCCUGGAGAGCUUGUUUCAAGAAAGUGAAGAAUUUGAAGAUUUCGGUCAUGAGAAAGAAGAAAAAGGAAGUGGAGAAAUGAAGGUCCUGGAGAGUUUGUUCAGGGAAGAAGAAAAAGGAAGCCAAGUUAGUGACUCAGAACAGGGAAAAUCAGAAGAAGAGACCAACGAAAAAAUGGGUCAGAUAAGUGAAUUCAAAGUGAGGGAGAGUUACACAAAAUUGGAUGGUGAAGGAGAAAAGAAGGUUCAAGAGAGUAUGUUGGAGAAGGAAGAAAAUGAAGAGACGAAAGGGAAAAUAAUAGGGCUGAGAAGUGGAUUCAAAGUGAUGAGUAAAUCUCAGAGACUUCUAGAAGCAAGUCUUGGGAGUCCAGAAAACAACUGGGUUUACAGUGAAUCAAAUUACCUGGGAAGUUUUGGAUCAAUGAGGAAAGAGAAAGAAUGGAGAAGGACCUUAGCUUGCAAGCUCUUUGAAGAGAGACACAAUAACAGCAGCAUCAGGGGCAACAACAUUAAUGGAAGUGAAAGUGAAGGCAUGGAUUCACUGUGGGAGACAUACGAGACACAGUCCAACAAAGCCAAGCGCAGCAACAAGAAGAAGACAAUGACAACUCUGGAGAAGAGCAAUACCAAGAAGAGUACUGAGAGCAAGUAUUAUGAUCCAGAGGAUGAAGAUGAUGAAGAAGAUGAGGAGGAGGAGGAAGAAGGAGAAGGAAUCAAAUUGUGCUGCUUGCAGGCUCUGAAAUUCUCAGCAGGGAAGAUGAAUCUGGGAAUGGGAAAGCCUAACCUUAUGAAAAUCUCUAAAGCUUUCAAGGGCAUUGGAUGGCUUCACCAUCAUGUAGGCAAGCAUGGUAGAAAGGGGUAGGAUUGAAUAAAGAAAAUAAAAAAGAUUUUGGUCUUGCUUGUUACUCUCUGAAAAAUUGCAUAGAAAUUGUGUAUUUUCUUUUAUGGUGACAAGUAAAUAAUUUUCCCCUCUCUUUUUUCUUCAGUUAAUUAAUGGAGCUUAUUUUAUGGGAUGUUUGGAUAAUAAGUUAUAGAAUACAAGGGAAUCAGAGAUUUGGUAAGGUUUACUUAAAAACUUUUCUCAUGUUUUUCAGUGUUAUUCACAAGAAAGGAUAAUGAACCAAAAAAGUAUUUCAUC